CCUACCCGGCAGGGAGGAGGGUGCGCGCCUCUUCCCCCCCUUCGGAUUUCUUUUUUUUUUGGGGGGGAGGGUUAUUUUUGGUGGUGUUUAUUUUAAUUUUUUUUUUGGCGUGUGGUUAGAAACUUCGCUCACCCACCCCUACUUUUUGAAGGAAGAGGCUGUAAGAAACACCUAGUAAUCUAUGCCAGCAAUUAUGACAAUGUUAGCAGACCAUGCAGCUCGUCAGCUGCUGGAUUUUAACCAGAAACUGGAUAUCAAUCUCUUGGACAAUGUGGUGAACUGCUUGUACCAUGGAGAAGGCGCGCAGCAAAGAAUGGCACAGGAAGUCUUGACUCACUUAAAAGAACAUCCUGAUGCGUGGACAAGAGUUGAUACUAUUUUGGAGUUCUCUCAGAACAUGAAUACCAAAUAUUAUGGACUGCAAAUCUUGGAAAAUGUGAUAAAAACAAGAUGGAAGAUUCUUCCGAGGAACCAGUGUGAAGGUAUUAAAAAAUAUGUUGUCGGCCUAAUUAUCAAGACCUCAUCUGAUCCAACGUGUGUAGAAAAAGAGAAAGUGUAUAUUGGGAAAUUGAAUAUGAUUCUUGUUCAGAUACUGAAACAGGAAUGGCCAAAGCACUGGCCAACUUUUAUAAGCGAUAUUGUGGGAGCAAGCAGGACUAGCGAAAGCCUUUGUCAGAAUAACAUGGUGAUCCUUAAACUAUUGAGUGAAGAAGUGUUUGAUUUUUCCAGUGGCCAGAUUACUCAAGUAAAAGCUAAGCAUUUGAAAGACAGCAUGUGCAAUGAAUUCUCUCAGAUAUUUCAACUGUGUCAGUUUGUGAUGGAAAACUCCCAAAAUGCUCCCUUAGUUCAUGCGACUUUGGAAACUUUGCUACGAUUUCUGAACUGGAUUCCUCUGGGAUAUAUAUUUGAGACCAAGUUAAUCAGCACACUAAUAUACAAGUUCUUAAAUGUUCCCAUGUUCCGAAAUGUCUCUUUGAAGUGCCUCACAGAGAUUGCAGGUGUCAGUGUAAGCCAGUAUGAAGAACAGUUUGUAACACUUUUUACAUUGACCAUGAUGCAGUUGAAACAGAUGCUUCCUUUAAAUACCAAUAUCCGACUUGCAUACUCAAACGGGAAAGAUGAUGAACAGAACUUCAUUCAGAAUCUCAGUUUGUUUCUCUGCACGUUCCUCAAGGAACAUGGUCAACUUAUAGAAAAAAGAUUAAAUUUGAGGGAAACAUUAAUGGAGGCUCUUCAUUAUAUGUUAUUGGUAUCAGAAGUUGAAGAAACUGAAAUUUUCAAGAUUUGUCUUGAAUAUUGGAAUCAUUUAGCUGCUGAGCUCUACAGGGAAAGUCCGUUUUCAACAUCUGCUUCUCCGUUGCUUUCGGGAAGUCAACACUUUGAUGUUCCUCCAAGGAGACAGCUUUAUUUGCCUGUAUUGUCCAAGGUUCGAUUGCUAAUGGUUAGCCGUAUGGCUAAACCUGAAGAAGUCCUAGUAGUGGAAAAUGAUCAAGGGGAAGUAGUACGAGAAUUCAUGAAGGAUACAGAUUCCAUAAACUUGUAUAAAAAUAUGAGAGAAACAUUGGUUUAUCUUACACAUCUGGAUUAUGCAGACACGGAACGAAUUAUGACUGAAAAACUUCACAAUCAAGUGAAUGGAACAGAGUGGUCGUGGAAAAAUUUGAAUACCCUGUGUUGGGCUAUAGGCUCAAUCAGUGGCGCAAUGCAUGAAGAAGAUGAAAAAAGAUUCCUUGUUACAGUAAUUAAGGAUCUCCUGGGACUCUGUGAACAAAAGCGAGGAAAAGACAAUAAAGCCAUUAUUGCAUCAAAUAUAAUGUAUAUAGUAGGUCAAUACCCACGGUUUUUGAGAGCUCACUGGAAAUUUUUGAAGACAGUAGUCAACAAGCUGUUUGAAUUUAUGCAUGAAACCCACGAUGGCGUCCAGGAUAUGGCUUGUGAUACCUUCAUAAAAAUAGCACAAAAAUGCCGCCGACAUUUUGUUCAGGUUCAAGUGGGAGAGGUCAUGCCAUUUAUUGAUGAAAUCUUGAACAAUAUUAACACAAUCAUCUGUGACCUUCAGCCACAACAGGUGCAUACAUUCUAUGAAGCAGUAGGUUACAUGAUUGGGGCACAGACAGACCAGACUGUGCAGGAGCAUCUGAUAGAAAAAUACAUGUUGCUACCUAAUCAAGUAUGGGACAGCAUAAUUCAACAGGCAACAAAAAAUGUUGAUAUUCUAAAGGAUCCUGAAACAGUUAAGCAGCUUGGUAGCAUUCUGAAAACCAAUGUAAGAGCGUGUAAAGCAGUUGGCCACCCCUUUGUGAUUCAGCUUGGAAGAAUUUACUUAGAUAUGCUGAAUGUGUACAAGUGCCUAAGUGAAAAUAUUUCUGCAGCUAUUCAGGCUAAUGGUGAAAUGGUAACAAAGCAGCCCUUGAUUAGAAGUAUGAGGACUGUAAAAAGGGAAACUUUAAAACUAAUUUCUGGCUGGGUGAGCAGGUCCAACGAUCCUCAGAUGGUAGCUGAAAACUUUGUUCCUCCCUUGUUGGAUGCAGUUCUCAUUGACUACCAGAGAAAUGUUCCAGCUGCUAGAGAACCUGAAGUACUUAGUACUAUGGCUAUCAUUGUAAACAAGCUGGGUGGACACAUUACUGCUGAAAUACCUCAGAUAUUUGAUGCUGUUUUUGAGUGCACAUUAAAUAUGAUCAACAAGGACUUUGAAGAAUAUCCUGAACAUAGAACAAACUUCUUCUUGCUACUCCAGGCUGUAAAUUCUCAUUGCUUCCCAGCAUUCCUGGCCAUUCCACCUGCACAGUUCAAACUUGUUCUGGAUUCUAUUAUUUGGGCUUUCAAACAUACAAUGAGAAAUGUUGCAGAUACAGGACUUCAGAUACUUUAUACGCUACUACAGAAUGUUGCACAAGAAGAGACUGCUGCCCAGAGUUUCUAUCAGACGUAUUUCUGUGAUAUCCUUCAGCACAUUUUCUCAGUUGUAACAGACACCUCACACACUGCUGGUUUGACAAUGCAUGCAUCAAUCCUUGCAUACAUGUUCAACUUAGUAGAAGAGGGAAAAAUAAGUACUCCAUUAAACCCCGGAAAUCCAGUGAGCAACCAAAUGUUUAUUCAGGAGUAUGUUGCUAAUCUUCUCAAAUCUGCGUUUCCUCACCUGCAAGAUGCCCAGGUUAAGCUGUUUGUAACAGGACUCUUCAGUUUAAACCAGGAUAUUCCUGCCUUCAAGGAACACCUGAGGGACUUCCUGGUCCAAAUCAAGGAGUUUGCAGGUGAAGACACAUCAGACUUAUUCUUUGAGGAAAGAGAAACAGCCCUUCGGCAGGCUCAAGAGGAGAAGCAUAAACUUCAGAUGUCUGUACCUGGCAUCCUUAAUCCACAUGAAAUUCCUGAGGAGAUGUGCGAUUAAAAAAAAAUAAUAAUAAAACAAGUUUUGCAGUUUU